GCCCGCGCGCCGCUGGCUCAGACGGCCGCGGCCGCGGGACGCGCACCAUGCUUCCCGGUCCGCUGCGUCCGCUGCCGCGGCUCCUCGUGCUGGGGCUCGGGCUGGCGCUACUGGGCGCGGCGGGCGGGGAGCGAGUGCCAGGCACCACCCCCUGCUCUCGCGGCAGCUCCUGGAGCGCAGACCUCGACAAGUGCAUGGACUGCGCGUCUUGCCCGGCGCGACCACACAGCGACUUCUGCCUGGGCUGCGCUGCAGCCCCUCCAGCCUCCUUCCCCCUGCUGUGGCCCAUCUUGGGGGGUGCUCUGAGCCUAGCCCUCGUGCUGGGACUGCUUUCUGGCUUCUUGGUCUGGAGACGGUGCCGCAGGAGAGAGAAGUUUACUACCCCCAUUGAGGAGACCGGCGGGGAGGGCUGUCCUGGUGUGGCACUGAUCCAGUGACAGAGCCCUUGCCAGCAGGAGGCCCCACCCACUCAUCAUUCAUUCAUUCAUUCAUUUUGGAGCCAGCCCCCUCACUCCAGACACAGCCAGAGCCAGACUCUUCCAACCACAGGGGUGUGGAGGGAUGGGGGACUGGUGAAUCAGCUCUCCGAGGCCUGGGCCCAGGCUUCAGAGGAGCCUUCCAAGGUGUCUGACUGCCCUGUCUCUGGCUCCAGGACAGGAAAGGAGCCCCACACUGGCUCACACCAGACAGCUGACACCAAGGAACCGCAGCAUUUGCACAAAGGGUCCCUCCCUCCGCCCCCAUGGCCCGAGGGCCCGAGGGCCAGCCUUCAUCAGGCCCCACCCACUCAGACUGACGUUCUGAAAUUCCACCGUGGGGUCUCUGCCUGGGGGGUUAGGGACCUGUUGCUAACACUAGGGGGCUGGCCCUCUAGGGGGGCUGGCCCUAAGACACUGUCCCCCCCCACUCCCAAAGGGGGGGAAAUAUUUAUUUUGGGGAGAGAGUUUGGAAGGGAGGGAAAAUUUAUUAAUAAAAGAAUCUUUAACUUUAAAUGGUU